CUGUUGAAUUUGUGUAACUGAGACACUGACGGGUUAAAGUGACUAAACUUUGCAGACCAACCACUCACCAGUAGAGACUCAUAUCAGUUAUUCUAUCUUUGUGUGUUUGGAAUCUGUGCGUCGGUGGGCAGUACGUGUCGGGUACACGCUCUUCCCCUUGGCUCGGGUUUGCUCAGACGGGGGUUGGUCCCCUGUCUAGGACUCUGCAUGGCGAUUGGAGAGAGCGGGCUAGGCCCAGGAGCCUCCCACCUCUGACACACUUUCAGCACUGCACCAAGCGGCAUGACUUUCACUGGGCUCCAAGGGCGGGCGGUGCGCCUUCAGGAAUAAACAAACAAAUAUGGAGGCCGUCAGAGUGCAAGUGUACAGACCCUGCUCAUUUGACUGUGUCCCUGCGGAGCAGCAUGGCUCCUCCAAACCUCCGCUCAGCUCCUCGGCCACAACCUCACGCAUCUUGCUGCGACAACAGCUGAUGCGGGAGCAGCUUCAGGAGCAGGAACGACGGGAGCAGCGGAGGCAGCAGGCCUCCCAGUACCCACAAACCACAGCAGCACAGACCCCUGCCAUCAAUGUCACCGUCCCUGCCCCGCCCGCUGCCCAGGUGCCCAUGGAGGUGCUGAAGGUGCAGACUCACCUGGAGAACCCGACCAAGUAUCACAUCCAGCGCUCGCAGCAGCAGCAGGUCAAGCAGUACCUGGGAAAGCUUGGCUCGCAGGUGUUAAGCUUGCCCUGCCCCAACCAGUCCUCUGACCACGGGGGCAUGCCGCCAGGGCCGGGAAACAGCGCCCCCAACAGCCCUAUGGCCUUACUGACCCUGAACUCUAAUUGCGAGAAAGAGAUGGAUGAUGUCAUCGACGACAUUAUUAGUCUGGAGUCCAGUUACAGUGAUGAUAUCCUCGGCCUGAUGGACCCAGGGCUUCAAAUAGCCAACACGAUCCCGGUUCCAGGCAACCUCAUGGACAUGUAUGGAAGUCAGGGCAUGUCCCAGCAAGGUCUGCCCAUCAGCAACUCCUGUCCUGCCAACCUGCCCAACAUCAAAAGGGAAUACUCAGUUUCACAAUCUCCGGCGAUCAUGCACAUGCUGGACAAGUCUGGAUCCUGUGGCAAAUUUGACAACUAUCAGCGGCCUGAAGGAUUUCCUGUUGAAGCUGAGGUAAGAGCUCUGGCAAAGGAGAGACAAAAAAAGGACAACCACAACUUAAUCGAGAGAAGACGACGGUUUAACAUCAAUGAUCGAAUUAAGGAACUGGGAACUUUAAUUCCAAAGUCAAACGACCCAGACAUGCGCUGGAACAAAGGCACCAUCCUCAAGGCAUCUGUGGACUACAUCAGGAAGCUACAGCGGGAGCAACUAAGGGCCAAAGAACUGGAGAGCCGUCAAAGGAAGCUUGAAAAUGCCAAUCGGCAUCUUAUGCUUAGGAUACAGGAGUUAGAGAUGCAGGCUCGAGCUCACGGCCUGGUCCUCGCGUCCUCGGCACUCUGCUCAGCUGACCUCGGCGGCCGGAGCAUCAAGCAGGAGCCCCUUCUGGAGGACUGUCACCAGGACCUGUACACACUCCACCCCCACCCGCAUCACCAGCACCACCCCGACUGUACCCCUGAGCCCCCCGGCACCUUGGAGUUCAACGAGGGCCACCCCAAUUUCUCAGACGGGCACUACGGCGUUCACAGCAAGCAGGCCUCCAAACUCAACGACAUCCUCAUGGAAGACAACAUAUCGCCGGUGCAAGGGGGGGACCCUUUGCUCUCAUCAGUCUCACCAGACGCCUCAAAGGACAGCAGUCGUAAAAGCAGUGUAAGCAUGGAUGAGAAUGAUCAGGUCUGUUAGCACCCCCUACUGGCUGCUGGAGGUUCUCACCCCAUCACUUCUCUGUCUGUCUGUGUUUACACUACGGUUUUAAUCUUUUGCCGUCUUUUGUUGUGAUAUUUUUUUGUCUUUUUAAGCCCUCAAGCUUGAGUUGAAGGACUGAUGUUAAUGUCUGUUGGCUUUAAUCAAACCUUUUAUGAGAAUGAGUUACAUAUGUAGAGUUUUAUAUGUAAAAGAAAAGACAUGUAUUGUAUGGUAGGGGCUAAAUGAUGUUGUUUGUGGUGAUUCCAAGGGGAAAUGUUCAAUUAUGGUGAGAUAUAUCUUGUGUGGCGAGAACACUUUUUGAAUCACUAGCAAUAAUAGAAGGAAUAUCUGUUAAUUACUGUAGUGCUUUACACUCCUCCUGUCUUAGAACUUGAACGUGCAGAUGCCUUAUUGACAGUUUUGUAUCGCUAUGCACACGCUGUGGUUGUCAGUCAUCUGCCAAUGGAAGCUUCUUUAUGCACAAACAUUAAUCACUUGUAGGUGUAAGCGUAUUUAUGUAUCUAAAGGAAUUUGUUCGUACAUUCCCCCUUUAACUUAAUUUAUAUAUAUAUAUAUAUAUAUAAACAUAAGUAUAAGCAGUUUUAUUCGGUGUUGUGGCAAAUCAGUCCAGUUUUUCAGAGUUUCUCCACAGCGAUGCCUUGUAGCUGUCCAGUGCUGCUUUAGAAAGGAAUAGCACACUUCCAGACAAGCGAUGAAUAAAAGGAAAGUGUGAAUCGAUAGACUCCAAGAGUAAUGAAGAUCAGUUGAAAUAGAAUGGAAGAGAGACAAAAUAUUGAUUCGGCCUUCAACCCCAGCUACCUCAGCUAUCUAAUGUGGGAUAUAAUAAAUAGCAUUCUUUAUGAUGCACGUGGAUGCAGAGCAGAGCGGUCACCUUGUGAGGAUGUUGGAUUUCCCUUUCAUUUCUUACCGGAAUAAAUAAAUUUAGUCAUUUCGCUUGACAGCAAUGUGCAUAAUCCUAAAAAUAUGAUUUAAGCACGUGACUGACGUACUACAGAUGAAGUUUGUAGAACCGAUUCACAGCUGUAACUCGAUAGAUGGAGCCUUUUUCAGCCCAAACUGGAAAUUUGGUUUGAUUCCCUAUUUGAUUCCCUAUUUACUAUGACACUAAUGAGACUGUAUUCUACAGAUGGCUGAAGACCAAAAAAUAUACUGAAACACCACCAGUGACUAGAAUAUGUUACUAAUAGUGGUUUAUAAGAACAAACUGUACAAAAAAGUCGAUAUUUUUCACAAUUACAAAGUAAACGUUAGCGUCUCAGAGUGGCAAUCAACAAUUUUCAUUCAAUAAUAGCCAGCGUUAGUAGCUAUCCAUCCAUCCAUCUUCUACCGCUUAUUCGAGGUCAGGUAGCGGAGGCAGCAGCCUAAGCAGGGAAGCCCGGACUUCCCUCUCCCCGGCCCCUUCGUCCAGCGUCAAGCGUGUUGCUUGCAGUACUUUCAAACACGAGCAGCCUCUGGACAGCUGGGGAACUCAUACUGCAUACAGUCCCUUUAACCCAUGCAUAAAUGUAUCAUAAAGAACACAAAAUAAUAAGCAAGAAUUUAAAAGGCAUUUUCAAAGCAAUUGCUUGACGAUCAAUUAGAUUGCUUAGAACAGACUUAGCAAGUGCAGCACACUGAGAAUAUAAUGCAACUGGAGCAUUUUCCUCGAGUGUACUUUGUGAGUUUUUAGACUUUGUUCUGUCACUGCAGGAACUAAAAAGUUGGCUGAGCAGGGCUUUUUUUUUUUUUUUUUUUUAGUUUUUUUCUUUAUUUUUCACAAGCUGCUGCACUUCCCCUGAAGUCUUCUGGUGCUUCCCAGGGGAGGCCCACCUCACACUAGGAAAACCCCUGGCUUUGAGCUUUUUACAGUAAUAUGACAAUCAGCGACGGUGCAAGUUUGCUGCUAUGCGGCGUAAUCGGUGUAUUGUACUGUCAAAAUCUAUGACUAGAAGUCCUCGGUUUAUAUUUCUUAGAUCAAAAUAUUUGUUUUCUACACCAACCCCCUUUAUGCAAACAUUAUUUUAUGAAGGAGUGUAAGGAGACUGUUUGAAUGACAUGCAUGAAAAAAAGAAACACUGGAAUGAGCUCUGCAAAUCAAAUCCUAUUUUUUUUGUAUUAUUUCGUAUUCUCAUUGCGUAACUAUUGUAUUUUGGUUUUUUCAAACAAACACAAUCUACAAUACAGGAAGGUUGAUUCUCAGCGGUGCGUUGGACGUUGUGCAUUUUGUUUUUCAGCAGUUGGAGCAUAAGCACGCUUUUGUUCACCUGCCUCGCUACAGCUCAGCCUCCGUGUUCAGCACUUGUGCCUGUAUGGAGUCACGUGGUGACCAUGUCAUGAUGUGCUACUCAAAGUGGAUCUUUUUGAAAUGAUGUAAGUGCCUUGUCGUGGUUUCGGUUUCUGUUACCCUCGCUGAUGUAUACUGACUGAUUUUUUUUUUACUGUUGUUUCGGGCUUCCUCCUUUAGGAAGAAUGUCAAGCUGCUUUAGGACACUUUUGUAACUCCAAAAGGCUCUCCGACGUGGAAGUGUAGCUUUUUUUUAUCGGUACAUGGUGUUGCUUGAUAAAAUGAAUAAACCAAUGACGUGUUUGAAUGAAUAAUCAUGGACAAUGUAAUGUACAAACUCUGAAAAACAACCAUUAAUUUUCCACUGAUUAAAACUUCAGCUAUUCUUGUUUAAUGUAUAUUUUUACAUAUUUUGGGGGUAAAACAUUUUGUAUUACAUGUUGUCCACAUGUCAAUGUUCCAUCAAUUCUCCCUGGCUGUAACGUCCGAUUGGCCAAAGUCAGAUUGUAGAUUCCACUAAAGUUUCCACUAAACACAGAUAAACAUCCAUUUUCAGCAUAGAGUAUACUGUAUUAGUUCAUCAUCAUAUUUUAUAUUAUGUUAUUUAUUUAGUGUUGAACGCUUUUCAAAUCCCAAAACACUUUUAUAAUCCCAAUUUGAGGCACACCAGCCUGAAUGUGAUUCCAACAGAUGACUGCCAGAAUGUGACAGUUUCUGUAAAUUGUAGCGUAUGUUCUUAUGCCAAAAUAAAACCAUAAAGCACAAUCUGACAUCCAGUUGUGGUGUGGUAGAAUAAGAUGACGUAAAAGUGGCCUUGUACACAUCCUUCGACUGAAACCACAUCCGCUUUUUGACGUGAAGACCCCCCCCCCCAACCUCUGUCAUUUAAGUUUAUGGCACAUUUACAUGUGAAAUAAAAAAUCAAGUGUGUGCUUGUUGCCGUGGUUCAGCCGUCAUGUGUUCUCUCAUAGUGUUUGUCGUCAUUACUGCACACGGUUAACACUGAACUCAAACGCCGUGUGGAUAAAAACAUGAAAUGGUUGAAAGGUUUGGGAUAUUCAUUGUAUGAUUGAUGUAUGAUUAUUACACAUAUUUCAGUAGGAACAUAAUGUUUUUUUGCGUUCACUGUUUUAAUUGAGCACGUUUUUCCAUAAGUGAAAGGGCUACUGUAGGACAGAAGCAUCACUAAACAAGCUCUUCCGUUCAUUUAUGGUCCGCUCGCCAAAGGACGUCAUCUUCAAUCAUCUCAUGGAAAAGUUCCACAACAAAUAAGAAGAAAU